CAUUGGCGCCUAUUGGCGCCCAUGGGCCGUGGGGGCGGGCUCCGCGGGGCCGGGCGCUUCCUGCUCUACUCCCUUCCGUGUACUGGGAGCCGCCCGGUCCAGCGAGAGAUGGAAGGAGGUGAGGGGGGCCCUGGAUCAGGCCCCGCCGAGCGGUCCCAGCGCAGCAGCGUGUCCUCCGUGGGAACCCGAGUGGCCGACAUUCUGGUGUACCUCAUGGACGACACCGUGGUGCCCCUGGCCGUGGAGAACGUGGCCUCCAUCACAGCCCAGGACCUUCACCGCUCCAUCCGCGAGGCCCUGCAGCUGCCCGACGUGGCCAUGGAGGCCUUUGCCCUCUGGCUCAUCUCGCCUUUGCUUGAGGUGCAGCUGAAACCCAAACACCAGCCCUACAAGGUGUGCCGGCAGUGGUCAGACCUGCUGUUCCGCUUCACGGACGCCCCCGAGGACGACAUUGCCGUGGAUGAGCCUUCCCUGCAGUUCCGAAGGAACGUCUUCUUCCCAAAGCGGAGGGAGCUGCAGGUCAGCAGCGAGGACGUCUUGAGGCUGCUCUACGAAGAGGCCAAGUUCAACGUGCUGGAGGUGCGCUACCCCUGUGACGCCGAGGACUGCGAGAAGCUCGGGGCGCUGGUGUGCCGCCUGAAGCUGGGCCCGUACCGCCAGGGCCAGCAGACGGCCUGUGCCGUGAAAGAGAAGCUCGACUCCUUCCUGCCCGCCCAUCUCUGCAAGAGGCCUCACGGCCUCUUCACGGCCUUCCGGAGUCGGGGUCCCCGGCUGGUCCCGGGGGAGCAGGGCCUGUUGAGCGCCUACCAGGAGGUGAAGGAGGAGGCGUCGGGCCCGGAGGCCGAGCUGCUGGCCAGGCAUUACCGGGCCUACCUGCACAAGUGCCACGAGCUGCCCUACUACGGGUGUGCCUUCUUCUGCGGCGAGGUGGACAAGCCGGCCCAGGGCUUUCUGCACCGCGGUGGGCGCAAGACCGUGACCGUCGCCAUCAACCUGGAGGGCGUCCACGUCAUCGACACGAAGGAGAAGCACGUCCUCCUGGGCCUGCGCUUCCAGGAGCUGUCCUGGGACUACACGUGCUCAGGCGAGGACGAGCACGUCCUGUGGCUGGAGUUCGAUGGGGAGAGUGAGGGCACGCCUGUCAACAAGCUGCUGAAGGUCUACUCCAAGCAGGCGGAGCUCAUGAGCGGCCUCAUCGAGUACUGCAUCGAGCUGGGCCUCGCCAAGGAGCCCCCGCCGCCCCCCGAGACCAAGGUGAGCCCCUCGGCCGCCCCCGGCCCGCCGCCUCCCGCCGCCUCCCAGCGCCACAAGCUUCGAAGGCAGAGCAGCGUGGUGUGCAGCCGGAUUCAGCACCUGGCCACCAUCGACUACGUGGACGACGGCAAGGAGAUCAAGAGAGUGAAGCCCAAGCGGACAACUUCCUUCUUCAGUCGCCAGCUGUCCCUGGGCCCAGCCACGUACACCGCGGUCCAGCCCGCAGACGGUCUGGAGCAGAGCUGAAGGCCGGAGGGCUCUGCGGGAAGCGGCACCUGCCUGAGCCGGAGCCAGCACCGUACCGGGGCCUCGACCCCGUCUGUCCCACCCUCGGCCGGGAAAUGGCAGAGACCCCGCACAGACUCUGCUCUGCUGUUGUUCCUCUAAUUUAUGUGUGUGCUUCCCUUUGGUGUGUAGCUGGGACCGGUGCCUGGAGGUUUGGCAUUCGAUGCCUUGGAUCGGGCUCGGGCAGACUCGGGGUCCCCGGCCCCUUCCCCAUGUCAUCUGCUCUCCUGGGCCCUGGCUCUGAGCACUGGAUGUGGGGAGCCUUUGGGCUCUCCCCCUGGACGAGGGCUGUGUUUCCCUCCCCACUCGUGCCUGCUGCUGUCCCAGUGGGCAGCCCCCAGGGCUCAGAAGAGCCGGAUGUGCUCGAGACCCGCCCUGGACCCGGCGGGCUUCUACAUUCCUUCUGCUGACCACGUUGUCACUCUCCUCUCCUGGGCUUGGCCCAAAGGGGGGGGCACCGAGCCUCAGACGCUCCCCCAGCUCAUCCCGAAUGCCAACGCCUGGCCUCGCCUGUGUUUCUGCUGACAGGAGGCAGCACGAGUGGGCUGAGCCUGGCGCGGGGCAGGGGCAGGCGGGAGUCGAGUUCCUGUUGACCAAGAAACAAUCCUCUCUUCAUCCCCUCCCAGAUGCCUUGUUCUCCCACAGCGGAGCUUGCCUUGGGCGCCCGGGCCGCCCACUCACUCUUGGCCCAUGUGCCGCAAAGGCUUCUGGGAACUCGGGGGCCAGCCUUUCCCCAGAGCCUGUCAGCGAGGGGGCUGAGCCAGCAGCUCCUGGCUGAAAGGAUGCCCUGCUUUGGCACAGUGCCAUCCCUUGGGUUGGAGGGAAAGCUCCGGAGAGAAGGCCUGGGGAGCCGGUCUGGCUCGUGAGCCAGGCUGUCCCCAUGUCCUCGCCUGGAUGGCCCCUGAGGGUGGGACCACCAAACCCCCCAAAUGAAUGUUCUCAAGCCCAGUUUGAAUGGAAAUGUCCAUUUUAAAAAUGGAGGCAGCUGGAGGCUCAGUGAACUGAGAGCCAGGCUCAGAAAUGGGAGGUCCUCAGACACCUCGCAGCUGGGGGACCCUGGGCCAGUCGCUGGGCCCUCCACCACCCAUUGCCCGGCCUGGGCACUCUUCUGCCCUGGAAGCCGUCCAGUCUAGACCCUAAGAAGGGAAGGGUUUGGUCUCCCAGACGCCGAGGGAGCCAGGGCGGCUGGGCAGCUGCCUUUCCUGCGUCCAUCCUCCUCGCCCCGUUCCCAGCAGCAGCUGGUGUUUCUUUUACUAAUGCCCGUCACGCCUUUACAACGUUGGUACUCAUUUUUGUAUUCCAUAAAUAACCGCCGACUAACAAUAAAGUGGUUUUAGCAUC